AUGGUCAAGGUUUUAAUUGCACUUACUUCGUACAACGAACCAUUCUAUCCUGAUGGACAAAAGACUGGUGUUUUCGUUACAGAAGCAAUAGUGCCAUACUUGGAAUUCGUUCAGAAAAGGUAUGACGUUACCUUUGCAUCAGAAACAGGUACUUUUGGCUAUGACGAAAAGAGUACUGUUUCUGAAUUUUUGAGUGGUAAAGAAAAGGAUGUUUUUGAUGAUGCAAAUUCAACUUUUAACGUUGCACUUAAAAAUAUCAAAAAGGCCUCAGAUUUGGAAGACGAGGAUUUUGAUGUCUUUUUCGCAAGUGCUGGUCAUGGUACAUUGUUUGAUUAUCCGCAUGCUAAAAGCUUGCAAAAGAUUGCUGCCAAGACAUGGGCCAAUGGUAAAGUUGUUAGCGCCAUUUGUCAUGGUCCAGCAAUCUUUUUGAACUUGAUUGAUCCAAAGACUCAUGAACCGUUGAUCAAGGGUAAGAAAAUCACCGGGUUCACUGAUGAAGGUGAGGAUAUUUUGAAGAUUACUGAUAUAUUGAAGAAGAAGGAUUUGUUGACAGUUUCCCAGAUUGCCAAAAAGGAAGGAGCUGAGUAUGUAGCGCCAAAUGGUCCUUGGGACCUGUUUACUGUUGCUGAUGGUAAAUUGAUUACAGGCGUCAAUCCACAAUCGGCAAUGGAUACUGCUAGAAAGAUUAUUGCUGCUGUUGAAUCGGUGAGCAAUAGCUUGGGAAAGUAG